GAGUGAGAAGGAGAGAGUGAAAGCUCUGCCUUGCUUUGCUUAAGUCUAUUUCAUGUAGGGCAGUUGAUUUCAUAAAGUAAUAAAAAAGCUGUCCGAGCUUUGUUUGCUUGCUUUGCUCCCUCUCUGGUUUCCCGGCGACACGUUAGUUUCUUUUUCUUACACUUCGAUCCCUUCAACAAUUCCAACUUCACAAAAACCCAACUUUGCAAACUUUGCAAGAACGCCAAAACCCAAGAAAAAAACUUUAACCAAAAGAAAAAACACAAAGUUUUGUCUUUGUGUGAUCAUCUAUGUACCCUUUUCGUUUCUGGAGUUUAUACAAAUAACCCAGUUUCCAAUUUGCUUAGUUUUUUCAGCAGGUAGGAGUUUUUUUUGCUGAUUUGAAAGCUUGAGCUGCAAAGUUGUGAGUUUUUUUUUACUGGGUGUGGUUUUGUAUUUUGGUUGGUAGGCUUCAUCAGGAAUUCAGAGAGGUUUGCUAUGAUUUGAGCUGUCUGGUUUUGAAAAGGGCAAUGACGGGUUUCUUCAAAUUUGGUGAAAUUAGAAAAAAGUCAGAAUCUUGUUGCAUUUUUGAGAUUGGUAAAGGAAUUGGUUAUCUGGGUUCAAUGUGAAUUGGAGAAGGUUUUGAAUUGAAAGUGGUUGUUGUUCUUCAAGCUCUUUUCUUUUUGGAACAAGUUGUACUGCAAUUACUGGGUUAUGGGCUGCAGGUAGACGAGCAAGAAGUUGAAUUUCUGUGAGAAAAAUCAAUCAAGUAUUAAACAUGAAGGUUCCCACCAAUGGGUUAUUAGCAAAUUCUGGGGAAGCCGGAGAACAAAAGAGAAUUAAUUCGGAGUUAUGGCAUGCUUGUGCUGGGCCAUUGGUUUCUUUGCCUCCGGUUGGAAGUCUUGUGGUGUACUUCCCACAAGGCCACAGCGAGCAAGUUGCAGCAUCGAUGCAAAAGGAGACUGAUUUAAUACCGAACUACACCAAUCUUCCGUCUAAAUUGAUAUGCAUGCUUCACAAUGUCACAUUGCAUGCUGAUACCGAAACAGAUGAGGUCUACGCACAAAUGACUCUCCAACCAGUAAACAAAUAUGAGAAGGAAGCAUUGCUGGCAUCUGACAUGGGCCUCAAACAAAGUAGGCAACCUGCUGAGUUUUUCUGCAAAACUCUUACAGCUAGCGACACGAGCACUCAUGGUGGAUUUUCUGUACCUCGUAGAGCAGCUGAGAAGAUCCUCCCACCUCUAGAUUUUUCUAUGCAACCACCUGCUCAGGAGCUUGUUGCAAAAGAUUUGCAUGAUAGUGCGUGGACAUUCAGACAUAUCUAUCGAGGCCAACCAAAACGGCACCUGCUGACUACGGGUUGGAGUGUUUUUGUUAGCAACAAAAGACUCUUUGCUGGAGAUUCUGUUCUUUUUAUAAGGGAUGAAAAAUCUCAGCUUCUCUUGGGUAUAAGGCGUGCUCAUAGACAGCAGCCAGCUCUCUCUUCAUCAGUCAUUUCCAGUGAUAGCAUGCAUAUCGGCAUUCUUGCGGCUGCAGCUCAUGCUGCUGCAAAUAACAGUCCAUUUACCAUAUUUUACAACCCAAGGGCAAGCCCUUCUGAAUUUGUAGUACCUCUAGCCAAGUACAAUAAAGCGAUGUAUACCCAAGUUUCACUUGGCAUGCGAUUCAGAAUGAUGUUUGAGACUGAGGAGUCAGGAGUACGCAGAUACAUGGGCACAGUCACUGGCAUCAGCGAUUUGGAUCCUGUUAGAUGGAAAGGUUCCCAGUGGCGCAAUCUUCAGGUUGGAUGGGAUGAAUCAACAGCUGGUGACCGGCCUAGCCGAGUUUCAAUUUGGGAAAUUGAGCCUGUUAUAACUCCUUUCUACAUAUGCCCUCCUCCAUUUUUCAGACCCAAGUUUCCCAAGCAACCAGGGAUGCCAGAUGAUGAAUCCGACAUCGAUAAUGCUUUCAGGAGAGCCAUGCCUUGGCUUGGAGAUGAAUUUGGCAUGAAGAACUCGCCAAGCUCGUUUUUCCCUGGUUUGAGUUUGGUGCAGUGGAUGAACAUGCAACAAAAUAAUCAGUUUUCAGCUGCUCAGUCUGGAUUUUUCCCAUCCAUGGUCCCUCCAACCGGCCUGCAAAAUAACCUUGGUACUGAUGAUCCAUCCAAGUUAUUGAGUUUUCAAGCCCCGGUGCUGUCUUCGCUCGGUCUCCAGUCAAAUAAAUCAGCUCCACAAAACCAUGCUAGUCAAAUGCAGCAGCCGAAUGUGACAUGGGCUCAACAGCAGCAGCUGCAGCAGUUGAUGCAUAAUCCUAUGAACCAACAACAGCAAAGUAACCCCCAACAGCAGCAGCUGCAGCAAUUAUUGAAUUCUUCGGUGAACCAACAUCAGCAAAAUCACCCCCCGCAGCAGCAGCUGCAGCAAUUACUGAAUUCUUCGGCAAACCAACAUCAGCAAAAUCACCCCCAGCAGCAGCAGCAAUUAUUGCAGACUCCAACGAACCAACAGCUCCAUAAUUUCUCCCAUCAGCAGCAGCAGCGGGAGCCCCAACAACAGCAAGAGCUGCAAAACUUGUUGCAGCAUCAGCAGCUGCAUCAACAGCAACCACAACGGCACCAGCAACAACAAUUAUCUCAACCGAAUCCGGUAAAUAAUGGUUCUGUUGCUCCUAACCAGGUCCCGGGCCAAAAUUCACAACAACCAGUUAUGUUCUCCCAACAUCAACAGCAGCAAUUACUAACAGGGAAUACCCAGCAAGCUGUCCCUUCUUCUAGUAAGAAUUCAUUUCAGUUGCCAACUGGACAACAAAAUUCACAGCUCCAGCAGCAGCAACUAGAACCGCAACCAAGCCUCUUACAAAGGCAGCAGCAGGCAGCACAAUUGCAAUCACCCCCACAUCAAUUGUUGCAACAGAGUGUGUCACAGAAAGUACAGCAGCAGCCACAAGUACAGCAAUCAUCUCCGCAGGGCAUCUCUGAGCAACAACUCCAAUUACAGUUGCUGCAGAAGUUUCAGCAACAGCAGCAGCCACAAUUACUCUCCUCGUCAAGCUCACUUUUGCAGCCUCAACUCUUACAGCAGCAGCUGGCCCGCCAACAAAACCAGCAGUUACAACAGUUGCCUAUGACUCAGCAUCAUCAGCAACAGCUAAGUGGCAACGGCUUCUCGACGGACAAACUUCUCAACAACUUUGCAGCUCCUUCGAUGAUGCAGUCACAACAUAUGCCUUCCAUCCAGCCCCAGAACCAGCACAAGCCACUUACAGCAAUCAGAAGCCAUUCCGGUCUUACAGAAGGCGAUGGUCCAUCAUGUUCAACUUCCCCUUCUACUAACUGCCAGAUGUCCCCAUCAAACUUCUUGAACAGGAAUCAGCAAGGAAUGGCCAUGUUGUUGGGGGAUUCAGUGGCCGAACCGGCUCAUAAUUUGGUUCAGGAGCUUCAGAGCAAGUCUGAUGUUUGGGUCAAACAUGAGCCGCCCAGCUCAAAAGGACCAGACCAUAUAAAAUAUAAAGGUACAAUCACUGAUCAGUUGGAAGCUUCAUCAUCUGGAACAUCGUAUUGUCUGGAUACUAGCACAAUCCAUCAGAACUAUGCACUUCCCACCUUCUGUUUGGAUGGUGAUGUUCAAUCGAAUCCUCGAAGCAGUCUUCCAUUUUCCGCUAAUAUUGAUGGAUUGGCACCGGACACUUUGUUGUCAAGGGAAUAUGACUCUCAAAAAGAUCUUCAGAACUUACUGUCUAAUUAUGGUGGGACGCCAAGAGACAUUGAGACAGAGUUAUCCACUGCUGCAAUCAGCUCUCAGUCAUUUGGGGCACCAAACAUACCUUUCAAAGCUGGGUGCUCAAGUGAUAUUCCCAUAACUGAUGCUGGAGUUUUAGGCAACGGAUCGUGGGCAAACCAGGCUCAACGUAUGAGAACAUAUACAAAGGUUCAAAAGCGUGGAUCUGUGGGAAGAUGCAUUGAUGUCAACCGUUAUAAAGGCUAUGAUGAGCUCCGGCAAGCUCUUGCCCGCAUGUUUGGGAUUGAAGGGCAACUAGAAGAGCCACACAGAACGGACUGGAAACUUGUAUACGUGGAUCAUGAAAAUGAGAUUCUUCUCGUUGGUGAUGAUCCAUGGGAGGAGUUUGUGAGCUGUGUCCAGAGUAUAAAGAUAUUGUCAUCCGUUGAAGUACAGCAGAUGAGCUUGGAUGGAGACCUCGGCAACAUUCCAGUCCCCAAUCAAGCUUCUAGCGGAACUGCCAGUGGAAAUGCAUGAAGACCUCAGUAUGAUGAUAACUUUGCAGCCUCGUUUUACCGGUAAGGGUUCAAAUAUUGAAAUGAUCAAGUCUUCAGCAGAUGAAUUCCCGUCUGGUUUGCAACUGAGCUGUAAUCGUUGUGAACAGAAUUCCUCUCGUUCGAUGCUAAUACAACAAUCAGAAUUGGAGUCUCCCCAAUCAUCGAGGGACAAAAUUGUUCCUCGUCCGGUGUGGAAACUACUGGUUCCUCGAGUUUGGUUAGUUGAGUUCCUUUAACUUCCGGUAGCAGGUCAGCCGAAGCUCGAAGACACCUCUAACACAACGGUGACUAUAGUCGUAGUCCUUGCAUAUAUUGUUGUAAGCUUCAUAAGUGGGGUUUUUGAUGCGGUAUGGCGGGAUGAAAUGUAUAAUACGAUCUUUCUUUCUUCGAGACCGAUUCGACAUUCAAAUUAUCGAAUCAAAGAGAUGGAAUAUAGAACUCAAGUUAUAACUCGUUUCAGA